AUGCAGGACAUAAGGAAUCAGAUAAGUCAAAUGGCCACAACAAUCAACCGUUUGGAUUUCCAGAACCAAGGUAAAUUGCCGUCUCAGCCUGAACUAAAUCCGAAGAACGUGAGCGCAAUGACCCUAAGGAGCGGGAAGGAAAUUCAGGGGUCUGAACCUGUGAUCCCUAAGGAUAAGGAUGAGGAAAAGAUCGAAAAUGAGUUUGAGAGGGAGGACAGCAAUGGUGCAGACCCAAAGGUACUUUCAGACCCAAUAAUUACAGUUAAAACUAACCCGCCUCCUUUUCCUAACAGGUUGGAAAAAUCAAAGAAACAGGAUAAGGAGAAGGAGAUUUUGGAGGUUUUUCGCAAGGUUGAGAUAAAUAUCCCCAUGUUAGACGCGAUCAAACAAGUACCAAAAUAUGCCAAAUUUCUAAGGGACUUGUGUGUCAACCGAAAGAGGUUGAGGGGAGAUGAGAGAGUCAUUGUUGGGGAGAAUGUGUCAGCAGUCCUGCAGAGAAAGCUUCCACCCAAGUGCGGGGACCCAGGUAUGUUUACUAUCCCUUGUAGGAUAGGUAACACUGUGAUUAGAAGGGCCAUGUUGGAUCUGGGAGCAUCAAUUAAUGUCAUGCCUAAAUCUAUAUAUGCUUCUCUAAAGCUAGAUCCAUUAAAAGAAACUGAGAAAAUUAUUCAAUUAGCUGAUCGAACCAAUGCAUACCCUGAUGGGUUGGUUGAAGAUGUGUUGGUGAAAGUUAAUGAUUUGGUGUUUCCAUCUGAUUUUUAUGUACUUGAUAUGGAUGAUGAUCACUCCCCCGUAGGGGUGGGCACGGGUCGGGUACCCGCCCCGAACGUCAAAUGGCUGACCCGACCCUAA